AUGAGCGGGCAAGACAGCUGGUACAAUGCACAGCAGCCACAGUACUCACCAUUCACAGCCCAUUCUCAGCAGCAGCAGCAGCAUUUACCCCGGCAACAUCCGCAGCUCGAACAUCAGUAUAUGCCGCACGCCUCAACUUCGUAUCACAACGGCCACCCAAUUGGCAUCGCCGACCCGCCGUAUCAAGCAACGUCUCAUACAACCCAGUCGCCUCGCGGUCAGUAUGGAGCUGAUCAGAGCGGGGGUGAUCCGCCCUCGCAGUCAUCUAGCGCUUAUUCGCAGCCAAUGAAUGGUCAAUUCUUGUCAUUGCAAGGGAUGCAGCAAUCAUCACCAACGAGCUCAGGCGCAACAACUUUCUCCAGGCGAGAGAGCCAUGACCAGUAUCCGCAGAGCUCCGCGCAUCAGCAGUAUCACGGAGGCGAGAAGCCGCCGUCGGCAACAUUCCAUCUGCAGCAUCAGUCGAUGGAUUCAACCAGCAUGGCGUCACCUGUUCAGCACCGCUUCUAUCCAAACGCAGCACCAUCACAGCAGCCGCAGCAGCACCCAUUUGCACAGCCUAUCGCCUCUCCAUCGGCCAAUGCUACUCCCCAGCAUCAACUGCAGCGGCCCCAUGCUGCCGCGAGCCAGCACGUCUAUGAAUCGCCGUAUGCUCCCUCCACUGGCACCAGAGAGCGCUUGGCCAUGUCGCAAUCGCCCAUGUCCGACGUCUUCCAAAGCGGCGCGAAUACCAUGGGCAGGACGUUCAACAUGAUGGCCGGCCUCGAAACGCCCACGCCAAAUCCACCUUUGCGUCGCAUUUCUGCUCAGAGCUACGCCGAAGAUCACUUUUCGUCCAGUAAGCUACGCCGCUCCACGUCCUUUGUCCGCGUCCGUGACACAUGCAUGCGCACACAGAAGCUCUGCCGGAACCGUGCUUCGAUUCGGAGGCCUGACCGGAGUGAUGCGUACAUGCAAACUGUCCCGCAACUUCAUAUCGCCGCGUAG